CCCAUAUCACCACUGCAACAGCCAAGUGCCCUCUCCCCAACUGCGAGCCCCAAAAGAAAAAUCGGACCUUCUCGGCACUACGAGUCACACGAUGCCUCUGCUGACGACCCCUUCUUGUCUCUCAUGGCUUUUCGGGCUGCAUCGUAUCUCAUGAUGGACAUCAGGUACACCAGUCCGAGUGCCUCAUCAGCCGACCCAAUCUCCACAGUGUACCUGGGUCGCUUCGACUCACCGCCAUCCACAGUAGCAGCAGCGGCGGUCUGUGCACUCGCAGCUGCGCUCGUCGCAGUCGACCGACUCCGCUUCGAGAGGCGUUCGAGAGGCCGGCUGUCGUCUGAGCUAUCUGCCGUGGCUCCUUCCUCAGAUGACCCCCUAUCGCCCAUCUUGCUGCCUCCCCCACUGGCCAGAGUGACGCUCCGGUCGUCACCGCUCUCCUCCACAGCUAUCACCUUCCCCCCCCUCUCUCCCGGCCGCCCAUCGCCCUUCCCUAAGACGUCCUUGUGCAAUGCGGGAAAGACCGGCGACUGUGGCCGGUGCACGCCGUCCAAAUGUGGGGGAUAGGCGUUGCGGCCAGACGUGUCGAUCCGCGGGUGAUGACCGUACGUAGCUAUCUGUUGUCGCUGGCUGGGGGGAUAGUACACCAUGUGGCCGUGGGGGAAGGGGUGGGGGUAUGGCGGGCGAGACAUCAUCACGUGGACGCAUGGCGGGCUCGUGGCAGGAGGGCGAUACGUGACCGGGUCGAGUGACGUGGCAGAAGUGCUUGGUCCUCGCGCCACUUCAUCCCGGUGUGCCGGCGAUGUGGCCGUCGGCGCCAGCAUGCUGAACGAUCGGUCGGUGAGAGGCGUCGACCCGAGGAUGGAGCGCCGCGCCCGACGCAUCAACGAGUUGAAGCGGUUCUUGACCUGAUGCUCGGUGCGGCCUGCAGAUACCAAUGGUCAGUAAGUCGCGCUGAUGUGAGGGUGUGUGCCACCUAGCGACCCACCUGUAAGCAGUUUGGCGAUCUCGCUCCACCUGUUGCCUAACUGUGCCUGCUUCUCGAGUAUCAAAUCGUCCUCAUCCGCACUCCAACCACCCCUGACGGCAUAAACAGACAUACCCUCCUGCAGUGCCUCAUUUGCAAAUGUGGAAUGACCAUUACUUUCUCUUUGUUGGGUCGAGGUGGUUCGACCACCGCUCGCGACACUGACGGGCUGCAAUCAAUAAGCCAAUUAACAGACAGGGGAUAGAUACCGUCUGCGCCUGUUUCAAUGAAUGUCGCUCCUGUCCUCACCUGUGCGCACUUCCCUGUCGCCGUGGACCUUCUGAUUCAGCAGGCGGCACACAGACGACCACCUGGAUGAAGCAACAGUCCACACGAAAGGAGGAUGACAACCAUUUUUGUUGUCCACUCCACUGUGUGUUCUGUCUCACCUGGAGGGUCCGUAUGCAGUGACGAGCCGAAACAGUUCCUCAUCCUCUUCAUCUGUCCACACGCUCGAUGGCGGCCCACCACUCUGAAAGUCAAACGGAAAUGGAUAGCUGCGUCGAGUGCUGCGUCUUCUGGCGCUUACCGAGUUGCCCGUUCUCAGCCAGUCAUCGGUCUGUGUCUGUGUGAUGUCCAGCUCCCUCUCAUGGACCACACGCGCGUCGUCAUCUGCAAGACGCUCGACAGGAAGCGCCACUCCGCGGUAGAGGGCAGUGCGGGCGUUGGCCUUGGGAUGUUUCUCAGGUUGUGUUUCUCGUGACGAUGCAGAGGCGUCCCUCUUGCUUGAGGCGCGCUGCGGCAGCGGAGCGAUGCAGGAUGCUCCUAGCUGGCUUUCCAUCGCCAUGAUCUUGGAAUAAUCCAGUGCAAACAGGCAGAGGCGUCG